AUUAUUUUUUGUGUAGUGAAAAAGUUGAAAGAAAAGUGAUUUUAGUCUCAGUUCUCUGAUAUUUUGUGCGAGAUUUUCCACUCAAAUUAUCGCCAUGAAAUUGUUGAAAAUAUCCGAAAAUGGGUUCAAUAGCAUCCAUGCUUCAGUGGCAGUGUACAAAUUGUAAUUUAAUCAAUCCCACGGAGAAUGUAAAGUGUCUGAAUUGUGAGAAUGUCAGAAUCUUAUUUGAAAACCACAAAUCAUCUGGAAUUAAUAAUGAUGGUGGUGAUUCGCGUAGAGUGUAUAAGAUUAUAAGGCACUACGAAGAGAUCUACUUCAAGGAGUUGAUCAAUCAAUAUUUUGGGGCUCAGCAGGAGAUACUCAAAGUUAAACUGCCAAGAUCUCCUAGUACCCCAAGUUUAACACGAACAUGGAACUGCCAGACGUGCUCAAGUGUCAACAGGAAUUCCGUCACCUGGCAUUGUCUCAAUUGUGAGACUGUCAGCUACUUGGCACCCAUCUACACUGAAACACUCAAGAGAAAUUUGGGCCGGGAUGCCACGAAAGCUGCUACGUCCGGAGACACCACCACGAGAGUCUUUCACUGUUUCCGGACACGCGGCCUAAGUAUGGAUUCGGGUGAUUAUCAUAUUAGACGGUGUGCAUCAUGCCUUCUCAAUGCAUCGUCAUUUUUGCUGGAGAAGAAGUAUCAUUUGUGCUCUCAUCAGAAGCAAGAGCACAAUUUGGCCGUGCCACCGAAUCGGAUCAAUCGAUCCACUUGUGCAGCUCUCGUGGGGAAGCAGCAGCGUUCAUUGGAUGAAUCAGGCAGGGAGACACCGUACUAUUCCAAUCAGAAGAUUAACAAGUCCCUGUCCAACAUUUCGGAUCCACUCUUCGACAGUCACUGUGGACGAUCGAAUGUUUCGGACGCUUCCGCUUCAGCGUCUGGAUCAAUGGGGAAAACACGGCUGUAUUGCGAUGUUUGUGGUGUUUGCAAUAGGAAUCAGUGCAGUUCCAGUGAUACGAACUGCAGUACACGCUAUAUUGUGACGACAAUCUCAAGGAGUGGCAGUGUUAGUCUCACAAAUAGUCAGCCCAUGGUGGCCUCAAAUGGUGGUGGUGCCAAGGAGUGGAUUGCGUCGGGGACUCCUGUGGUGUCGGGUCUCGAUGACAAUUACUACGAAGUACUGAGACAAUCCAAUGAUACAAAGAGCAACAAUAAUCCACCGUAUGAGAAUCACAAAGUUGUAAAGGGGAGUCAUAUAUAUGAGAAUCAGACUGUGGUGCUCAAUCCUGACAAUCGUGAUGAUCGUCCUGAGCCCGUCUAUGCUGUGGUCAAUAAGCACAAUAAAGUACGCAAUCGGGCCAAUUCAACUGAUCCUAAAUAUUCCUAUAUUGGUAUAACGGAUCCAGGACGUAUUGCAAGCCAAUUGGGAUGCAUCAAAAAGCCGCAAACUGAAACACUUUAUGCCACAAUACGCCACAAUUCGCCACAGAAUAACAAUCCACAGAGAUUAACAAAUCUAAUGGACAGUGGGAAUGUCAAAGGUGCCCAAAUAGCUACAACAUCUUGUGUCAAUCGACUGGAGAUGCAGCCAGAUGCCUCAACAUCCAGCUUGGCAUCAGGAGCUAGCGAUGGUAGUGAAGUUUACAGCAAAGUGUGGAAAGGGCCGAGAAAAGUGACAAUGGCAACUCCCACUACACCAGCCAAAGCGGUAACGCCAACGCCGGUGCCGAGAAUGUGGACGUGCACCAAGUGCUCGUACGCCUACAAUCCCUUUUGGGUGGAGCAGUGUGACAUCUGUGAAUCCAACAGGACCCCCGCCUCACUCACGCAGCCAUCUCUGAUCACUGUGACAAAAGAUGGGGGAGUCCUGAGAACGUCUGGUUCUAGCAAAGAACUCAAAUCUUGUCAUGGUUUCGAUGAGGUGCCGACACUCGUUGAAGUGCCCAUUGCAACAUUUGAGCAGGAUCUUGAGGAUGAAUUUCUGGAUGUUGGAAUGUCAGAGGCUGAGUGGACGUGCAAGAAGUGCACACUGGUUAAUUCGGCAGGAUCAAUGGCUUGUGUUGUGUGUGGAGGAUCAAAGUUGCGCAGUAUCACGAUCACGGAAGACAAAACACUGCGCAAGGGAGAAUUUUGGGCAUGUCAGCAGUGUACACUGAAGAAUUCUCUAUCGACGAAUACGUGCAUUGCAUGCAAGUCUAUUCGGCAGGUACCAGUGAUUUCUGGCCAUCAGACCAACUAUCGGCCCUAUACGGCCACUGGAUCCGGACAUCAGUCCACUUCAUCGAAUGUUGGUCAUCCCAAAGCUCUUGGAUUUCAUCACAAUCGUCAGGUUCUGGCGUCCAUUCCCGUGAAUACCACCAGCAAUUCCACUUCCAUUUCUCCCGUGACAAGUGGUCCCCUGGGAGGCAAUAAUCUGGCUGUUCCGGCCCAGAGAGCCUCCAGGAGUCCAUCACCGCGACAUGACAGGUCAUCCGGGGCCAUUCCCAAGCGUCAUUCCACGGGGGCAGUGAUUGGGCGGAACAAUAGCGGUCACACCAAUAGGCACAGCAGUGGAAGUCCAUCGACCAAGACUUGGCAGUGCCCAGCGUGCACUUUUGAGAACUCAUCGGCGAGUGUUGUUUGUGAAAUAUGUUCUAGUCAUCGUGGAUUGCUGAUAAAUAAUGCGCCAAUGGAUGUGGGUGGGGCAAAUGGUGCAAAUGUGACAUCAUCUGGCGGGGGAGAUGCUAGUCAGAUGGAGAGCAAACUCAUGGAAAAUCUGCGACAGAUUGAGGAGAAUGAGGCGAGGAAUAAGUGGGAGCAUAUUAUACAGUACUGCCGAGAGAAUGGGGAACUCUUUGUCGAUGAUUCCUUUCCACCGGCUCCCCGGAGUCUCUAUUACAAUCCCAAUUCUAACACUGAGAACAAUCCAGUGGUACAGUGGCGUCGUCCAUCGGAGAUCAACUGUGACGGGGGCAAUUUUCCACCUUGGGCAGUUUUCAGGACUCCAUUGCCAUCGGACAUCUGUCAGGGUGUCCUGGGCAAUUGUUGGUUGCUCAGUGCACUGGCUGUUCUCGCGGAACGGGAGGAUCUCGUAAAGGAGGUGCUAGUUACCAAAGAAAUUUGCCCCCAAGGAGCUUACCAAGUCCGUCUGUGCAAGGAUGGAAAAUGGACAACUGUAUUGGUGGACGAUCUACUGCCGUGUGAUAAACGUGGCCAUUUGGUGUACUCCCAGGCCAAACGGAAGCAAUUGUGGGUGCCACUUAUUGAAAAAGCCGUAGCGAAGAUUCAUGGUUGCUACGAGGCUCUUGUCUCUGGGCGUGCCAUUGAAGGCCUAGCCACUCUAACUGGUGCCCCAUGCGAGAGCAUUCCGCUGCAGCCCAGUUCACUUCCAAUGCCCAGUGAAGAUGAACUGGACAAGGAUUUGAUCUGGGCACAGCUGCUGAGUUCGCGCUUGGUGAAGUUUCUCAUGGGUGCCAGCUGUGGUGGUGGUAAUAUGAAAGUGGACGAGGAAGAGUACCAGCGAAAAGGUCUGAGACCUCGACAUGCGUAUUCAGUUCUCGAUGUCCGUGACAUUCAGAAUCAUCGAUUGCUGAAAUUGCGGAAUCCCUGGGGGCACUAUUCGUGGCGUGGAGACUGGUCAGAUGAUUCGCCACUGUGGACGGAUGAACUGAGAGAGGCUCUGAUGCCGCAUGGAGCAUCAGAGGGGGUCUUUUGGAUUUCCUUUGAGGAUGUCCUAAAGUACUUUGACUGCAUUGACAUCUGCAAGGUGCGUAGUGGAUGGAAUGAAGUACGUCUGCAGGGUACUCUUCAGCCUCUGUGUUCGCUGUCGUGCGUGCUGUUGACGGUGCUGGAGCCAACGGAGGCAGAGUUUACGCUAUUUCAGGAGGGUCAGCGUAACUCUGAGAAAUCCCAACGAUCUCAACUUGAUCUCUGUGUUGUGAUAUUUAGAACCAGAUCGCCAGCGAAUCCUGAAGUGGGAAGACUUGUGGAGCAUAGCAAAAGACAGGUUCGUGGUUUUGUGGGAUGCCACAAGAUGCUGGAGCGUGAUCUUUACUUGCUGGUAUGCUUAGCCUUCAAUCACUGGCAUACUGGCAUUGAAGAUCCUUCGCUCUAUCCUCAAUGUGUCCUGGCCAUUCAUAGUUCCAAGCGGCUGCUCGUGGAACAAAUUUCACCGCCUGGAUUUCUGUUAGCAGAUGCAAUCAUCAGUCUCACGCUCACCAAGGGACAGAGGCACGAAGGCAGGGAAGGCAUGACGGCCUACUAUUUGACCAAAGGCUGGGCAGGACUCGUCGUAAUGGUGGAGAAUCGGCAUGAAAACAAGUGGAUUCAUGUUAAAUGCGACUGCCAGGAAAGUUAUAAUGUUGUGUCGACUCGUGGAGAAUUAAAGACUGUUGAUUCUGUGCCUCCAUUGCAAAGGCAAGUCAUAAUCGUUCUCACGCAACUCGAGGGCAGCGGAGGUUUUAGUAUUGCUCAUCGGCUGACGCAUCGUCUGGCGAAUUCUCGUGGUCUGCACGACUGGGGUCCACCCGGAUCUACUCACGUGCCCCCCAUUGACAGCGUUCAUGGCCUCCAUGCACCUCGGCUCAUCACAUGAGAAUCUCCUUCUCCUCCUCCCCCCUCACUGAUCUUCAUUGCAGAACUUUCAUUUUCUUUUCUGGAUUUCUCGGAAGAAUCUCGGACAAGCGGAGCAGGAAAAAAAAGUCUAAUAGAGAGGAGAGAGAUAAUGAUGGAAAUCAAGUAAUUUUUAAGGAAUAAAAAAAGGCUGUUCUUUGUAUUUAACCACGAUAUAAAUUCUCAAGGGUUAUGAUUGUGUUUUUAGAAGACAAAAAUAAAAGAAGAAAAAAAUUAAGAAAAUCUCAUGAAAUGAAAAUGUUUCGAAGAGAAAGAGAUGUUUGUGUUUCAGGACCAAAAAUAAAAACAA